GAUUGUUGACGCAUAUAGAGAUAUACUGUUACCUUUCCGUUAUUCUUCUUUGCUUCUUGGUACUAUAUAGUGAUCCACCAUCGUCACUCAGCCACCGCAUCAUUCCGUCCCACAUCAUAUUAAUGGCGUGCACACGUUUGUUCUUACUCACUGAGCCUACACUGAUGCAUCGCGCUUUACUUGUUUCCGAAAUUCUCCUGGAGGUAUUCAUGCAUGUGAAUAAAGUCCUGGACCCAUAUGCGUCAAUAUUGUCGUAUCGCGAGAUAUCAUUGGCGCGGAAAUCCUUUGCAGCGCUUGCUAGGACAUGCAAACCUUUUUAUGAGCCUGCAAUGGAUUUGCUUUGGGCUGAGUUGGAUGGAAUAGAACCACUGCUGGGCUGCGUAACGAGGCUACAUCCAAUCGUGUAUCGUCGCGGCCGUGCUUCAAGGCACCUCUGCUUUGAAGUCAUCGAGCCAUUAUCUGAGCACGAAGUCACUCAAUUCCUGCAUCACGCCCCUCGUGUUCGCUCAUUGAGAAUAUUACAUGACGACUACUUUCACCUUCUUUCAGCCCUCCCGAUCGAGACAUGCAUGUUUCCGAGAUUGUUGUCGCUAUCAACGGAUCGAAAUCUGACUAGAUACUUGCAUCUCUUCCUGUCACCUAUGCUGCGUUGUUGUACACUACCAGUUGUUCAUCCGGAUUUGAAAUCUGUUCCAAUCUGCUGUGCUGCUUUGGAGGACUUGUCCAUCAAAUCCUCCUUUGAAAACACAGCAGCAGAUGGGCGAGUGCUGUAUGACAGUAUCCGUUUGUGCCAGCGACUUGUGACUCUGGCUUGCCCACCACUCGAUUGGACAACAUGGGAAUACCUUUCCAACCUCCCCACCCUUCUUACGCUAGAAAUUUGGGACGACCGUUGUUCAUUGGGGUCGCGUAAUGUCAAUUUAGCACCUUUCCUCAAUGUCACGAGACUGUAUUUCUAUACCAGGAGAGCCGCAUACACCAUCACAGUUAUGCAACACCUAGAAUUCCCUUCGCUAAACCAAUUCGAGAUGGAUGUCUUUAAUUUGCCUUGGGCAGAUAUUGAGCCGCUCUUUCAUGCACUGUCACAGCACAAAACUCUUUCACACAUCACCAUCUCCUCUGAACGUGGUGAUCGAGAACUUCAGGACCUCUUGGGCAGCUCCUCAACGCCCAUCAGACAAUCCCUUUGUUUCAUGCAAUUGCGAACCCUGCGGUUCAAAUUUCCUUAUUGCUGCAUAAACCUUGACGACGACCUACUUUUGGAAGCCAUGUCGAGUUGGCCGCACAUCCGAAUGUUGCAAUUCAUUGAUCCACGGGCGAUACCUACUGUUACAUUCCACGGAUUAUUUACAGCGCUCCACCAAUGCCCCCGCUUGCAUACGCUGGACAUACCAUUGGAUGCCGUCAAUAUCAAUAUCGAUCCUACAGCCGAGCUGUUCCUUCAUACCUCCCUACGAAAUUUGAACUUGACCUCCUCUGCCCUGUCGGAUGCUGAAGCUGUAGCCCGC